CCCCUGCUCUGUCGCAAUUGGGAACGGCAGCUCGACCUGAUCUCUCGCACCUGUUAUUGCCACCCCGCACCAACUGGGUCGUGCCAACGAGGCAGACGACAUCCCGCCGCUAAGAUGCCCAUCCUCAAGGAGCCGUGGAAGAAGUACAAGCCCUUCAAGCCGCUGCAUCUGCCAAACCGACAAUGGCCUGACAAGGUCAUCGAGAAGGCCCCUCGCUGGCUGUCCUCUUGUCUGCGUGAUGGCAACCAGAGUCUGCCUGAUCCGAUGAACGGCGAGGAAAAAUGGCGCUACUUCAAGAUGCUGUGCGCCCUCGGCUACAAGGAGAUUGAGGUUUCUUUCCCCUCUGCGUCCCAGAUCGACUUCGACUUCACCCGCCGCCUGAUCGAGACCCCAGGAGCCGUGCCGGACGAUGUCUUCCUGCAGGUUCUCUCCCCGUGCCGACCCGACCUCAUCCGCAGGACUGUAGAGUCAGUCCGCGGCGCGAAGAACGCCAUCAUCCACAUCUACCUCGCGACGAGCGAGUGCUUCCGGCAAGUCGUCUUCGGCUAUACGGAGGAGCAGACCCUGGAGCUUGCCGUGGAGUGCACCAAGCUGGUCAGGUCUCUGACCAAGGACGACCCAACAACUGCUGGAACCAACUGGCAGUUUGAAUUCUCUCCCGAAUGCUUCUCCGACACAGACCCUGACUAUGCCCUGAGAGUGUGCCGCGCUGUGAAAGCCGCUUGGGGCCCCAAUGGCGCAGCUGGGGACCAGAUCAUCUUCAACCUGCCUGCUACGGUCGAGCUGUCAACGCCAAACAUCUACGCUGAUUUGGUGGAGUACUUCAGUACCAACAUCGGAGACAGAGAGAGCGUGUGCGUGUCUCUGCACCCUCACAACGACCGUGGAUGCAGUGUCGCAGCAGCAGAACUGGGCCAGAUGGCGGGAGCUGACCGAGUAGAGGGCUGCUUGUUUGGCAAUGGAGAGAGAACGGGCAAUGUCGAUCUCGUCACCUUGGCCCUCAACCUUUACACGCAGGGCGUGAGCCCACAUAUCGACUUUUCCGAUAUGAACUCAGUGAUUGAGGUUGUGGAAUCCUGCACCAAGAUUCCCGUCCACCCGCGUGCUCCCUACGGCGGCAGUCUGGUGUGUGCGGCCUUCUCGGGCAGCCAUCAAGAUGCCAUCAAGAAGGGUUUCCAGAACCGCGCUCGCCUUGGUCUCUCCAACGAGGACCCAUGGGCCGGCAUGCCCUACUUGCCCCUGGAUCCCCAGGAUAUUGGCCGCAAUUACGAGGCCAUCAUCCGCGUCAAUUCGCAGUCCGGCAAAGGUGGAAGCGCCUUUAUCCUGCACUCGAAGCUGCAGCUCGACCUCCCUCGCGGCCUCCAGGUUGCCUUCUCCAAGGUUGUUCAGCGCCGCGCCGAGGAGCUUGGACGCGAGCUGCUGGCCAACGAGAUUACGGAUCUCUUCGAGGAAACCUACUUCCUCCGCGAAAACCCUCGCCUGAGCCUGGUCGAUUACAGCAUCAGCCCAGACCGAACACAGUCUCCCAUGCCCGCCGCAAAUGGCAGAACCCAGGACACAAAGAGCAUGAUCCGUAUCUUCGAGGGCGUUAUCCUGCUGGACGGUGUCGAAUACAAAUUGCGUGGCCGGGGCAAUGGUCCCAUCUCUAGCAUGGCGGCCUCGCUGAAGGAAGUCGGCAUCGAUCUUGAUGUUCACGACUACAAGGAACACGCCAUUGGAGAGGGUCGUGGUGUGAAGGCGGCUUCCUACUUGGAGUGCAAGCCCACGGGCAGCAAACAGACGGUCUGGGGCGUUGGCAUUCACGAAGAUGUGGUGUACAGCUCGCUCCUGGCCAUGCUCAGUGCGGCAAGCAACUUCUUGACCAGCAGACCCACCAGCCCUCUGCUGAAGCCUGUUGCAAAUCCCCCCUCACAGGAGACGCCUAAUAUCGUCUCCGUUCUGGAGGAAAAGGCAAAUGGUGUUUAGGGUGCUGAAACUCAAAGCAGAGGCAUUGGUUAUUCCCCCUUCGUAUAUCUAAAAGUUCUUCGUUGCAUCACCCCAAGCAGAUCAACUGGCAUGGGGCAGUUUUCCUUCAUUUCAGAGAAGUGGACGACGAACAUGACUUAUCAUGCGUAGCUCAGGGCUGCGUACAGAUAGUAAGAAGUUCCACACGGAUACAG